GAAGACACAGCGCCAUCUUCAGGCGAAGAGAAGAACUGAACACAUCAGUUUGUUCAAUUUCAGUAAAUAUCCACGAAAACUAAACUACACGUUAAAGGUUAGCUUGGUCAACGCAAAUAUGGCGAGCAGUUUAAUUGGUUUCCCACUUCGACGUGGUGUCGUGAGUGUAAAGUUUCGAGAAACCUCAUUUGAUCUUCUGAAGGAUUUGCUGAGUAAUUUAAACAAAGUUAACAAGGACAACCUGGAUGGCUUGUCGACAUGCAGCGGAGGCUUUAAACAGAGAAGACUCGUCGAAUACAUCUUCUUGAUUACUCAAAAACUGAGACUUGAUCCAAUGGUAGGAUACCAUGCUGUUGAACUGCUGCAGAGGUUUAUGGUUAAGCAACUUACAGUUAUGCUUGCCGCAAUCCCAACUCAAGGCGCAACAAGUUGUGAGGAUGUGAUUUUUGACAAUCUCAAGGACUCGUUCCCUUUGACCCUCUUCUCUUGUGUGCUUCUUGCAAACAAAAUGUUUUUGCAUCAUAAUAUGAUUGACAUCUCCACCGCUGUACGGUUCCUGCAUUCGCUCGGCAUCAGCGUUUCCAAACAGACCCUCCUGGAAUCAGAGUUGAUGGUCUUUAAAGGCCUUGAUUACAGACUCAGUGUCCUCAACCCUCUGAUGUAUGUGGAAGUAAUUCUGGAGGUCCUCGGGCACAAUGAGCCGUCCAUCCCCGUGGAGCGCCUUUAUCUCCUCUGCCACCAUGUCCUCCAGUUCAUCACCCUGGACCAAAUCGCCAUCUAUGAGUCCUUGUUAAGAAUCACCACUCAGAGUGUCAGCCCAUCCAGGGAACAGAGGGAGAAGUUUGUGACAGUGACUGAAGACCGCAUGCUUCUCGGAGCUGCUGUCAUUGCAGUGGCAGCAUACAUCCUCUGUUUCAGAAAAUGGCAACAGGUAGUCGGUGAACUGAACCACAUUACAGGAAUCUCCAGAAGAAGCAUCAGCGAAUUUGCUCGUGUGAUAUUAGUGCAUAUUGCUGGUACCAGUUCUUCUGCAGUGUAAACCAGGAAAAACACUGAGUCUUGGUUCUGUUAGAGGUUUGAUUUAUGUUGAUGGAAAAUCUGAAACUUCUGAAAGAAAAAUGAAUAAAUCUAUGUUCUAAAAAUUGAAUGUGUUUUUGGAAAGAGCCUAUAGUAGCCAGCCUCUCUAAAAUGUAU